GGUUACUCCCGGUUGCAGAGUACGCCUACAACACGGCAACCCAACAGUCAAUUAAAGCAUCUCAGUCCGACGCGAACUAUGGGUUCGAGCCUGAUUCCAAAUGGCAAUCGCAAACAAGGAAGCUGGAUAAUGUUAAUGUUUCCAGCGCCGUACUAAAGUUCAAGUGGAAAGCUCUUUGGAAAACUAUGAGGACUGAUAUUUUUAAGGCACAGGCCCGGCAGAAGAAAUGGUAUGACUAG